AUGAAGACCGUCGCCGUUGCCAUCGCUGCCCUGGCCCUCCAGGUUGUCGCUGAGUCUCUCGACAAGGCCGACUACUUCCCCGAGUGCUCUCUCGACUGUCUCACUGAGGCCAUUGAGAAGAGCGUCGAGUGUAAGGAGACCGACUCCAUCUGCCUCUGCGAUCAUGAGAACUACGAGGCCAUCUACGAGUACACCAUGGACUGUGUCAUUGAUGCCUGCGGUGAAGACGUCGCCAUCGAUGAGGUCCUCCCCGCCGCCGAGCCCUACUGCUCCGACGCCACCUCU